CUCAUCUCUUUCCUAUCUUCCACUUUCAGUUUCUAAUUGACAUGCAUCUCUAGCCAGGACCCAGUCCACAUGUAGAACAUGGUCGGCUGGUCUGGUGGCAAAUUAUUUGGGUCUCUACUCACAAGUCACAAUAGAACCCAAUUGCGUUAACUUUGGUGAAGAAACUCUUGUGGUUUUAGUUUACGGAUGCUCCCACCAACGUCCUCUCUCCAGUCCGAGACCGCCCAAGUUGGAACCUGGAAUUUAUUUUUAUUUUUUUUCUAAAUCCGGUCCAAGAAUUAAGAAAUAUAUAUUUAUAGAUAUGUAAUCUUAAAUCAAGUACAUAUAUUUUAUUUGAAAAAUUGCCAUUUUCAAGCUCUUCAAACACAGCCGAGCUUCAUUAAGGUUUACCCGAUCGUGUUAGUUAGUAUUGGAGCUUGCGGUCAAGUCUAGUGGACAGAAACUACUCGGAGAAACAAAUGUAACCUUGAUCCGGUCUCAAAUGUAAUUUCCUUGUAUUUGUCAAUUCUUUUAUGACAUUUCAUGUAUUUAGAUUUUAGACAGAUUAAAAAGUAAUUCAAGUUAGUCAUUGUCGCAAUCAAUUGUCAACAGGAAGUUCACUAGAAGUAACCCUGCAAGUGUAUGGAGUGGAGUCCCUUAUUCCUUUUCUUCCAAAAGGCCACAUCUUUAUCUCUAUCUCUCGAGAAGUGAGAAAAAGUAAAACGAAAAAGAAAAUAAUCUCUCUGUACGUUCGCACAGAAACUGAGAACACCAAAAAAGUUGAAAUCUUUUGCUAAAUGGAACUUCAUUAUAGGGGAAUUAAAGAUGGUCUUCCACAAAUUUACAAGAGAGAACUUGGAUUGUUUCAACCCAGAAACUUCUCUCAAAGAUACUCUGCUUCCGAGGGAAUUGUGAAGCAGAUAAGUCUUUAUAAGAAGCUACUGGGUCAUGAGGGUUGUGUAAACUCAGUAGAAUUUAACUAUACUGGAGACCUUCUUGUGUCAGGUUCUGAUGAUAAGCAGGUUAUGUUUUGGGAUUGGGUAACUGGAACUAGAACUAUCUCCUAUCCUUCUGGUCACUUUGGCAACAUAUUUCAGACCAAAAUCAUGCCUUUCACUGAUGAUCGUAAAAUAGUUACUUCUUCUGCUGACGGUCAGGUGAGAGUUGGCCAAGUCUUGGAGAAUGGCCAAGUUGAUACCAAAAAACUGGGGAAGCACCAAGGGCGUGUAUACAAGCUUGCUGUGGAGCCAGGAAGUCCCCACAUACUUUAUAGCUGUGGUGAAGAUGGCUUUGUGCAACAUUUUGAUCUGCGCAGUUGGUCUGCUACAAAGCUUUUCUGUUGCUCUUCGUUCUCAGAAAAUAGCAGACGGCCUUCUAAUUGGAUAAGGUUGAAUGCUAUUGUAAUUGACCCAAGGAAUCCACAUUACUUUGCUGUAGGAGGUUCAGAUGAAUAUGCACGUGUCUAUGACAUAAGAAAAUGCAGAUGGGAUGCAUCUAGUAAUUCGGAUAUAGCUGUGAACACAUUCUGCCCUCGUCACUUGAUUGGGACUAAAAAUGUGCAUAUCACAGGAUUGGCUUACUCUAGCACUAGUGAAUUGCUUGCCUCGUACAAUGAUGAACUUAUUUAUCUAUUUCAGAAGAGCAUGGGAAUGGGCCCUUACCCAUUGUCCAUAUCAUCUGAAGAUCUGCAGAAGCUUGAGGAGCCACAGGUUUACUUGGGUCACAGAAAUUCAAAGACAGUUAAAGGAGUGAGUUUCUUUGGCCCUAAUGAUGAAUAUGUAUUGAGUGGAUCCGAUUGUGGCAAUAUGUUUAUUUGGAAGAAGCAAGGUGGUAAGCUUGUGCGGCUAAUGUUUAGUGAUCGACAAGUAGUAAAUCAAUUUGAUCCCCAUCCACAUAUGCCUAUGUUUGCUACAUGUGGAAUAGAAAAGAGUGUGAAGCUUUGGAUUCCCAUGGCAAGUGAGGACUCUUCAAUUCCUGACAAUGUAGAAAAGAUUAUGGAGUCAAAUAGGCAGGGCAGAGAGGACCAUUCACAGGUGUCUCUAACCCCAGAUGUCAUCAUGCAUGUUCUGCGCCUGCAAAGGCGACAGACAUUGGCAUACAUAGAAAGGAGAUACAGUAGAGGCGAUGUUGAGAGUGAUGAAGAUGAAGGGGAUGCAUAUGUCUUAGGAUUUUCAGCCGGUGAUGCCUCUUCUGAAGAGGGUUCAGAAGGAAAUUCCAGGGAGUGCAAUAUUAGCUAAAGUUUGGUAGAGCAUGAGCAUGGAAAUAAAUAAGAAGAUACAUGUGCAGGUGGCUUAGGCUGGUUUAAAAGGUGAAGCAACUGUGUAUGAGGAGUCGAAGAAAACAUUCAUAUUAUGGAAAGUAAUAGUCAAAAUCACUUGAAGAGUUUCUUGUCUUCUACUUGAGUGUAUUGCAUCCUUUUUACCAUUGAUCAUGUGGUUUAUUCUAAUGCAAAUCGUAA